AAUAAUCCAGCACGAAGAGGCGUUCAGUUAGUAAACUAUCCUGCUCGUGCAAAGGAAAACAUGGAGGAAAAAUAUGAAGAAGAGAUACAACGACUCCAGCAGGAGAUUGAGACGUGUGAAGCCGAGAGGGAAGAGUGUUUACGAGCUAUUUCCAGACAACAUGGAGAAACCCUGCAACAUAUCCUAAAGACCAUCUCCGUCCAAAAGGACAGAGAAGACGGAGUGGUAAAUCAAGCUGUUUCAAAGCUCAUGACUGAAAUCAGUGAUCUGGAGAAGGACCACAGAAGACAGACCGAUAUCAGUGGGAUAUCUCUCUCAGAGUGCUUGCUGAAGACACUGGAGAAAAGCAAUACAAGAACCAUACUGCAGUACAGACUUACCGGUCGCUGUUGGCUUCUUUCAUUCCAAGUUGAGUUUGCACUGACUGAGAUUCAGGACGGUGAAACUAUCCUGAAAAAAGUGACUGACUUCAACAUUAUAUCGGAUGGAGCCGAGUUUAAAGACUUGUGUGGAUUUCUGUCAAGUGUAGAAGAGUCAAAGAGCGUUUUCCUGUUCUUCAGAACCCUGAGGUCAUUUUCAGAGAGGUGUAAGCAAAGAACUUGCACAUACCAACACUUUAAGGAGAAAUACCCAGAUGUGGUUCAACUUCCUGAGGGGUGCAGAUCUGAGAUCAUGGUGAUCCAGAGUCCACAACUUCCUGGGUGUACGAUGAGCAUUUUCUGGAACAUAACCGUCAGUAAAGAAGGAACAGUCAAGCCGAAGAUUGACCUACUGAUGAAAAUGCCUGAGCAAGCUCAAAAACUGGAUACGGAAAGCGUGGUGGAGUCGGCACCGGGCUGCUUUCAGAGUCUUCUGACGGCGUUUGGAGUGGAAGCUACGAUCGAAAGUUUAAUACAAUCUGUAUGCUUUUGAACAAAUCAGGCAACACAAAUUCUCCAGGCACAUGUAUA